UGUGUUUCCAUUUCUGACCGCGUCGUUCAGCUUCUAUCUGUCCUGAGCCCACACUAAUCAUGGUUUCCAUUAGAGUUUGUGCGCUUUUAGUUUUGGCCCUGGCCAUUCUUGUAGUACCAUCAAAAUCGGAAAAUGGUUGCGCUGGUAGUCCAGAACUCUGUCAAGAGAGCCGGUUCAUGCGCUUCAUCACAGAUAGUGUUCAUAGGUUUAACGAGAACAACGCAUCUUUGGAGAUCAUCCCUGGUCUAGAAAUAGUGAAGUCAACGCAGCAGGUCGACGAGGAUGGAAGGUCCAAUGACAUUGAAGGAGGAUCGAUACUUUCGGAGGUCAGCAGAUAUAUGAACAACCAUGAAGUGAAAAUUAAGUUCAAGGAGUUGUUUGGACGGGCCAAUAUCAAAGCAGCGAAGAACUAUUACAACUAUUUGAUUGAAGACGAGCCGGUUGAAGAGGGCAAAGGCAAGAAGGACAAAGGAGCCGGCAUGGUCAUGAUGAUGGGCUUAUUGAUGGGCAAGAUGAUGGCGACGUUAGGUCUGGGCGGUAUUGCAGCACUUGCUAUGAAAGCAUUGGGUGUCUCGUCUCUUGCCUUAUUGCUGGCAGGAAUGCUCGGUCUCAAAAAGCUUACCGAAGGCGGUCAAGGGGAUGGAGGACACCACGUUGAAUAUGUAAGCUCGCACGGAUCACACCACCGAAAGAGGAGGGACGCCAACGAGGGAUCUGAUCUUCCUUACCGCGGAUGGACUGCAGAAGCUUUAAAUUGAAACGAAUCUAAGACGUACAGUACGUGAGUUGAAAAAUUCAGAUUGAAUGCGUGUGUGAAAACUUGUUCAAAUUUAACUUAUUGUAAAAUUAACUUAUUGCAAUGGAAAUAAAUUAUUAUAAUUAUAACAA